ACAGCUUCAGCUGCACUUAGUCUUUGGCUAUGCGAUGGAGCUGGAGAACUCCUUGUGCCUUCAUCAUUCGAAUACCGAAUCCAAACGAUGAGAAAUGCUCUUCGAUUAUUUUGCUCCACAUUUAUCAAUCAAAUUCAUUUGGCGCUCACCCGUUAGCUUCAGGCCUGUCUACAUGUCGCAAAGUUACUGCUAUUCCCAGUGACCCACUCAUAUUCUGCUCUAUAUUGUGGAUUUAUUUUGUCUGCUAUUAUAACGAUUUGAUGUGGACGAUAAUGAAAUGCUUGUGAUGCACGCUGAAACGGUUUCCGGAUAGCCAUUGCUGUUGUGCAAGUCCCGGCGCCCGCCAUCAUUAACUACCAUCAUUAACAUCCCAAGACUCGCCGGGCAUGGAAAGUCAGUAUCCUGAUUCUGCUCAUAAUACAGCAGAACAUGGAGGGCCACCGCGAAGCCAGGCGCCAUUCGACCAAUACGCCAGGUAUUCCUUGAGUUUCGAUUCAUCUGUACGGAGUGUCUCACCGUCUGGCGCUCGCAGCAGAUCGAGAGUUUCUAUUUCUCCAUCUAUACAACCUAGAAAUAUCCCACCACACUUUCAAUCACCCCCAAGAACAAAUUUGUUACAGGCUGUCACCCCCAUUCGAGAAUCAGGUCCUUCCAUGUCUCCACCUCUAUUCGACGGCACAUCUCGUCCCAACCACGCAAAUGAGUCAUUGCGAUCCGACAAUUCUCGACUUCUGCCAUCUCCCGAAUUCAGUGAUCAAACCAUGGACGAUGCAUAUAUUGCAUUUAUUCUGUAUUGCAAUCCCAGUGUCCCGUCAUCGGUGGACACAUCUGAACUGCGUCGGGUCUUUCGAUCACCACCACGGAGUGACGGAAAGAGUUUCAGCGUCUUUACGUUAUGGGAACUCAUUGUGAAGCUGGAUAAGAAAGAGCUGAAGACGUGGAUUCAGUUGGCCACUGAGUUGGGAGUGGAGCCACCUUCCGCGGAAAAGAAGCAGAGUACUCAAAAGGUACAGCAGUAUGCGGUCCGGCUAAAGCGAUGGAUGCGAGCAAUGCACAUUGAUGCGUUUUUUGAAUACUGUCUUGGUCACCCCCACAGCUAUUACACUCAGAUUCCUUCCGACAGAAUGCCCAGUGAAAGUCGAGAUGGCGUUCCCUUAGAGGAAGAUCUGGCCUUGACGUCUCUUCUGCCUGAGUGGAAACCUAAACGCGGUAGAAGGAAGGCAGAAGAUAGUGAGGGCUCAAGGACGCCUAAAAGACCGAUGUUGGACACUUCCAUGGCUGGAUUGCAUAGCGUUGACAUUUCCAGUCAUGCUGCAAAUUUCCCGCAUAGUGCUAUCCCAUUCAGCGCUUUCCCAGGGGACAUCGAUGCGACAGAUCCAUGGGUAGUGGCAUCACCAUUUCCUCAUCAUCGUUCGAAUACCGGCCUGGCAAUAGACCAGAGCCAAGACUUCCGGUGGAGGCCAUUUGAACGGCAUACGUCUCCUGCCGCCUAUCCACAUUCGGCUAUACUUCCAGCUAACCGCCAUGCAUCGGAGGAGUUCAUGGCGGUGGAACCUCGAUCAGCCGUGAUACCUGCAUCGGCAGAGAGGAACCACACGCGAAGGCGACAUGGACCUGCAAUUUCCUCGGCAUGGUCAACUCAUGGGAAUUCUCCAAGGAAAACUCGUGGCAGGCCACCAAAUAAAGCGACCACAUCAUCUGGACAGUUCUCUUCCUUCCAAGUCGACACUGGGCCGAUUGUUUCCUCCUUUGCUGAGACUCCAGUCGCUCGUUCGUCACCGGCUCUAGCCCCGCAGAAUGGGAAUGACACAGGCAGAUCCUCCAGCCCGCCCCAGAGACAACCCCUUCCCCAGCAGCCGAUUUCAAAGGCAACAAAGCUCCAGUUACAAGUUCCCCAGCUCCCAAGCGGCCCUGUUCGACUUGCAACGCCUCCCACCCUCUUGAUAAAUGGGGUGGACAGUGCAUCGGGUAGUCCCGCCGCCGACAAAUAUAGCACUAAUGGCUCCGUUGCAAGCACACCACGUUAUGGGACAGUUCGAAGUAAAUCAGACGCUGAAACGGAUGGCGAGCAGCCAUCACGGAGAGUAUACAUAGACAGCUUGGUCAAGCUCUUCAGCCGUCGCCUGCUUCACGGCAAACUUGUUGGUCGCUCCGCUCCCCUAACUAGCGAAGAGGCCACCGAUAUGGCCGAAUCUGUGGUUAAGAAAUUAAGUUCUUCUUUUUUUGGAAUUAACCCAGACUCCAUGUCACUGUUGUGUGCUGUGCACCUUGGAAUUGGAGGCCAAUGUAUGAACUAUGGCUCAUGUGGGCCGUUGACAGUGAAGAUGCAGCCGAACACAUCAACUACUGAGCCGCAAAGCAGCACUAUGAAUGUUCUCAGGAACUGGCACUAUAUCAUAUCGUACGAGUACUCUCCUGCCCCGGGAAUUGUGAUGGAUACAAUUUAUGACAGUACCGGUGCCACGACCACAAUAAAAGAUACGGUGUUCCCCGACGAUCUGAAUGAUACUACGACCAUUGAUGACCUCUCUCAUGAUGACAUUGACGAUGACGAAAUCACAAGCUCCACGUCCGAGUCGACUUGGAAGCAGCGUUAUUUGAAGCUGAAGAAACAAAUGAGAAAGAAAGACCAAGCUCUCGGGCAAUAUAAACGAAAUAUUCUGCAAGCGGUCAUGGGCGAUAUGUGACAUUCAGGCGGGAUCAGGAACACCAUGGCAGAUACGUUGGUAUGAUUAUGGCGUUAUAAGGAGGGAGGAUCUUCGAGUUAGGUCUUUGCGGGUGGUACGACAGGGAGGAAUCUUGUGUAUGAUGUACUAUUUCUUUUCCUUACAGGGAAUCAUAUUCACUUACUAGUGUG